GAAGCGCCAACUCAGCUGCUGUAGUCUACAUAAUUGUUGUAUAUUGGCGUUAUCUCGAGUCGCUUGAGAGGAAUAAUUCACCGUCAAUAUGAUGGUUCAACAUGUCCGAAGGUGUAGGGAGUUUACAGGGCCUACCCCUCAUUCUGUGGCUAUCAGAGCUAAACCGACAAGCAAAAGACCUGUGGAACAUCUUAUCCUUGAAACAAGAAGAAAAGAUGAACUAAGGGAGCAAGCAAUAGCUGAAACCAAAUACCAGAAAAGUUGUGAUCUAAAGUCGGAAUGGGAAAAAGCCACAGAUAAAAGAAUAAAGAGCAAUACGAUUGCUAGAAGGGUUGAAAAGUUAAUGCAAAGAGGAACUUUUAGCUUGGAGGAUAGAAGAGAAAGAUUGAAAGAAAUGCUGUUGGCUGAAGAGCAACAGUACAUAGAAGAAAUGGAAGCAAAAGAAGAAACAACUCUUGAGAGGCAGGCAAAGAUGAGAGAAAGAGCCAAGUUUUUAAAAGAGAAAAGAGAACAAGAAAGGCUGAAACUUGUGGAUGAAAAGCUUGAUCAGAGAUGGAGAGAUAAUUGCGAGGAACUCCGCUCAACUUUAAGUCAGCGUCAUCAAGAUGAAGUUUUUGUGGAACGCCAUGAACAAUUGAAAAUGAAAGAGGAGAAAAAGAAGAAGGAAUUAGAAGUAGAUAAAUUUUAUGCCGACUUGUGGGCAGAAGACAUUCAGAUUAAAAGUAUGAGAGAAGAGCAAACUGCAAGGGAACAGAUGGAAAGGAACAGAGAAACUUUAAAAGUUCUACAAGUUCAGAUUGCAGCCUGUGAGAAACAGCGGGAAGAUGAAGAGAAACUGAAGGAGAUGGAGGCACAAUGGUUGAAGGAAGAAGCUAAGCUAAGAGCAGAGGAGGAAAAAUGGCUACAGGAAGAAAAGCUUCGCAAGCAGAAGGCAGCUAAAAGAUCAAGAGAGGUGUCCAUCAGACUCAAGAAGGAAAAAGAGGCCAAAGAGAAGCAAGAAGAACUUGCACUGGACAUGAAAAUAUUAGAAAAACUUUUGGAUGAUACAAGAAAUGAAGUGAAAGAAGAAACACAGAGAAAGCGUGAAAUGCGUGAAGAGAAUUUACGUUUCAUGCAGUACUGUGCAAUGAACCGUAAAGAGGACGAAGAGAGAGAGAAGGAACUGGAGCGCAUCGUAAAUGAGGAGGUGGAAAAGAAAUGGGCGCAAACCAUAAAGCAAUACAAAAUGGAGAGAGAUGCACGCCAGAAACUCUUGGCCAAUGUCAUGAAAUCAAGGGAACAACAAAUUGAGGAAAGAAAACGGAUUGCUGAAAAGGAACAAGAAGCUGAAAUAGCAGAAAGGGAUGCACUCUUGGCAGCGAUUGAAGAGCACAAGCGAUUGGAAGCAGAUAAUCAAGAGAGAAUAAAGAACAGAAAUAUUGGUUAUCAACGGGACCUUGAUAUGCAAAUUGACUAUCAACGCAGAGUCAAAGCUAAGGAAAUAGAAGAGGAAGAAAGAGAAUUCAGAAUGGGACAGGAAGCAGAAGCAGAAUAUCAGAGGAAGCUAAAAGAAGCCCUCGACAGACCAACCAUUGAUAAAGUGCACCCCAUGAGAAUCAUGGGAACAGCACUGAGAAGCAAAUCCAACUGAGAGAAUCUUCGCCUUCUUUAUAUUUGAAGAUUGAGAAAAUAUUGUUGAAGCUUGUUCACGAAACCUAAAUGCAGAUAUGUAGUGAAUUGUACGGCUAAAACUAGAUACCACCUUUUAUUCUCUGUACUGAAUUUAUUGAUACUGUAAAUAGAGAUAAAUAAUAGUUGAGUGGACUUCGUUACAUGUACAGUUCGAACUAAUCUACGAAAUGACAAUACCAUCGUUCUAGGCCUUCGUUAAGAUUUUUAGUCAAAGGUUGUGACUAAACUGUGUUACAUAUGAAAAUUAAAUGGUUCUUUUUUGGUGUAAAUAAAAUAUUUUUGGGUGAUCCAGA